AUGGCGGACGUGAAACCUGAAGAAACCCCUGUGGAGGACCACAACGUUGAGAACAACGACAACAAUGAGAACAACAGCGUCGGCGAGGAAGACGGCCACGAUGAGGAGGAGAUCUCUGCGAUGAAGAGACGGGUAGCCGAGAUGGAAGAGGAGGCAGCUAAACUGCGCGAGAUGCAAGCCAGCCUCGACCAGCAGAGUCGGGAGCUGUCGGAGAAUAAGGAAGAUAUCGACAGCCGCAGUAUCUUUGUCGGAAACGUCGAUUACUCUGCCUCGCCUGAAGAGAUCCAGGCUCACUUCCAGAGCUGCGGCUCCAUCAACCGCGUCACAAUCUUGUUGGACAAGUUCACUGGACAGCCGAAGGGGUAUGCUUACGUCGAGUUCACCGAGCCGAGCCUCGUGGCCCAGGCUCUCGUACUCAACGAGAGUGUCUUCAAGGGUCGCAACAUCAAGGUCGUCCCCAAACGUACCAACGUUCCUGGCAUGUCCCGCGGUCGCGGGCGCGGCGGCUUCCGCGGCGGUCGUGGCGGCUUCGGGCGCGGCGGUUUCCCGCCUCGGGGUGGCUACCGCGGGGGCUACCGUGGCCGGGGAAGAGGAGGAUACACUCCUUAUUAG